UUCCCUACAUAACCCUGUCCUGUAACCUGUUGGUCCUUUCAACUAAAAACUCUGCUCCUUUUGUUAUUACGUUUACCACUCAAUUUUUUCUCCAGCAACUUCAGAGAAUGAGUUGUGGGGAGUUUGAGGGAUAUGAGCGGCAGUAUUGCGAGCUUUCAGCAAAUCUAUCAAAAGCAUGCAUUGAUAAUGUAGCUGCUCCUCUUAAUGGAGAGCUAAAGAAACAAAAAAAAUCUGAAAUAAAGGAGGGAAUUGAGGAGGGAGAAGCUUUGAUUCGAAAAAUGGACCUUGAUGCAAGAAGUUUACAGCCAGACUUGAAGGCUGUGCUUCUUGCUAAGGUGAGGGAGUACAAAGCAGAUCUGAACAACAUUAAAAGAGAAGUGAAGAAAAUUAUAUCUGCUGACUUAAACCCUUCUUCUGCAAGGGAUGAGUUGUUGGAAUCGACCAUGACAAAUGCUAUGAUGAAGGCAUCAGCUGAUCAUAGAGAAAGAGAAAGAUUAAUGAUAUCAACCAAAAGGUUGAACAAGUCCAGUGACAGAAUUAACGACAGUAGAGGAACAAUGUUGGAAACAGAAGACCUUGGCAUUUCGAUUCUUCAAGAUUUGCAUUCACAGAGACAAUCUCUACUGCAUACACAUGACACGCUUCAUGGAGUGGAUGAUAACACAGACAAGAGCAAGAAAAUUUUGUCUAACAUGUCAAGAAGGAUGGACAAAAGCAAAUGGAUUUUGAGCACCAUUGCUGUGCUCCUGAUUUUUGUUAUAAUCUUGAUUGUGUACUUCAAACUUUCUUAGUAGCUAAUACCAUAUCAUUUCUCCCAUGAUCAUGA